ACGAAAAACAAAAUCUUGAAAAAGCUCAGCAUGCAGCAGCAGUCCUACGUGUAUUUGCCAAGACGAUGCCCUUCUUGUAGAUUUUCCUCGGACAAAAGGGUUUAUUUGAAGGCUACAAGUGUAGUUAGCUUGAACCUGAACGGUAGGUAGUGGCUGAAGCCUUUAGAACUUCACCCAUUUAGUCAUGGAGACUGAUAGUCUUCGACGUAGCCCCAGACGAACCACAUCAUCACGAUCUCGACAAGCUGCUGCAGUUGCAAGCCCAGUUUAUGAUCAGAGUACUGCAUCUGAGUUAAAGCAAGAAUUGGAAUCGAGGGGCGUUCAAGCCCCCGAGAGAGCAACGAAACGCCAGCUGUUCAACUUGCUGGCUGAAAGCAAUUCAGCUUCUUUGUAUGAAGGCGAGCAGAACCGUAACGGCACAACGCCAACCGCAUCUGAAGCCAGUGCAGGUCAAGAAAGAAUGAUUCCGAUGUCCAUGACAGCUGCUGAGCGUGAAGAGCAUGAAGAUCAACAAGAGCGCAUCAAUGGCUAUGAUACUGCUGCUGCUGCUUCUCAAGCUACACCUACCCACACUACUGCAACAACCUAUGCUGACUCGUUGUUGCUGUGGAAACGACCACUCUCGACAUUGUAUCACUUUGCUCUAGAGUUCAAGUAUCAGUCGUCUAAUCUUCUUGUGUACUUGUCUCGGAGAUGGCAGUUUGUUGCUUUUGUGGGAUUACUCAGUGCAGUCUUGGCCGUAGCUUCAGUCAUUGAUGGUGCACACACCCCAUACAUCGUGUCACUUCGCAGCAGCUUCAUCUGGUAUGGCUGGUGGGUUGGACUUGGCAUUCUUUCCUCGGUUGGACUCGGCACAGGCCUUCAUACAUUUGUCCUCUACUUGGGCCCGCAUAUAGCUGCAGUAACAUUGGCAGCAUGGAGUUGUAUGUCAGUUGAUUUCCCAGCACCACCCUACCCUGCUGCCUUGAUCUGCCCUGAAGGUUCUCCAGCUGUUGGUGCUGUCAUGUCUCUUUGGACCAUAAUGAGUAAAGUCAGAUGGGAAGCCAUGAUGUGGGGAGCUGGGACAGCUAUUGGUGAACUGCCACCGUAUUUUGUUGCCAGAGCUGCUCGCUUGGCUGGUCAGGAGAUGGAUCCAGAGUUAGAAGAAGCAAUGAAUGCUGAUGACAAGAGCUUCACUGGGAGAGCAAAGCUUUUUCUUCACCACCUGAUACAGCGUGUGGGAUUCUGGGGUAUAUUCCUGGCGGCCUCGAUUCCCAAUCCACUGUUUGACUUAGCUGGUAUAACUUGUGGACACUUCCUAGUGCCGUUUCCCACAUUCUUUGGAGCAACUCUGCUGGGCAAAGCUGUUGUCAAGAUGCACCUCCAGAAAGUUUUGGUGAUCUUCUUAUUCACAAAGUCCCACUUUGAGUCUCUCAUUCACUUGAUUGGGCGUAUUCCAUCAGUUGGAUCACAUCUGCAGAAGCCGUUCAUGGAUUUCUUGGAGAAGCAGAAGACCAAGUAUCACAGGCAGAUGGGUGCAGGAUCUGAUGAGGACACUACCAGUUUGUUCUCCUACGUCUACGGUUUGUUGGUGAUUUCAAUGAUCUCCUACUUCCUGCUCUCCAUCCUGCACUCAAUGGCCAAGCAGAAUGCAGCACGACACCUGUCCAGCAAAUCCAAGUAAUGUGUUCACCAAUGCCUGAGUGAUAUUAUUAGACCUGCAGCUACAGCAGCUGUUGUACCCAGCAGUGACACGGACGGUGACAUAGCUUUGUCACAUUGCCACCCCCCUGUACAGUUACUUACUCCACUCAGUAACUGUCAUUACCUAGUACUGGUGUGCAUACUGCUACCCUCUGCUCAUGCUACUACUGCUGGUAGUGCAGCUGCUGGUGCAGCUGCAGCCUGUUGCUAACUCAACGUGAGUAUUGUGUCGCUUCGGCUGAUGACUAUUCAUUGUGCCAUCAACAUACCAAAAAAACUCUCCUUUUUCUCUCACACACUCUCUCUCUCUCUCUCUUUCUUUUCUCUUUCUUUUCUCUUUCUGUCUCUCAUAUUUCUUCUCAGAGUUUUCUUAUAUGCAGCUUGGGCACUUUGCUAGCCAGCUUGCAACCUGCUGCUGUGUUUUGUGUUUGGUUCCCAGACUGCGGGCAGCUGAGAUACACCUGUGCGCACUUGUAUGUUAGUGCUUAUUAUCUCCCAAUCUCCCAAUCUCCCACUGUUCACUUUAUUCUUACAGUAUCCUUAACUGAAUCUUUGGCAUUCAUCCAUUGCUAUGGUUAUUGUCCAGCUGACGACACAAUGCAGCAUGACCUCAUUGUUUCGAGGCUUCUUCUUUUUCACAGCGUUCUGCUCAUGCCUAGCCUGUGCCUCUUAAUACUUCAAGACGUUUGCUGACAACAGCAUGCCAAUGUCCAAACUACUGCGCACUUGUUUGCAGGUGAGCUGAAUAUCA